UGGAGCAGACUGGACUUGUGAUGGGACUGGCCCUUCUGUUAGCCGUGAUCUGUAUAGCUCUACCCCAGGUGUCGGCGGCUGCGGCGGGAGACAGGGCAAAACGCGACGCCUCCAUUGCCGAGUACAUCCGGGCACUCAUGGAGCAGUUAGUACAGUCUGAGCAAGAGAACCAACAGUACAAGCGCGCAGGCAUCGACAUGGGAUUCCACCGAGGUUACUCUGGCAAUCAAGUAGCAAAGCACUUGCUCGGACUGGCGGCUGCCAACUACGAGGGUGGCCCCGGCAAGCGCCGCUAAGGGGGCGUCCGGUAGGCGGCGCUAGAUGACAUCCGACGAGCGUCGCUAUAGCAACGUUGACGAUACGCGACCAUUUUAUUUUUCGAAACGAAAACAGUCUGAUCUUGAGCGGUGUUUUCCCUCUCUGCAAAAUUUACAGCAAUUAAUUUGACAAGAUUAAGCAAAAUAAAGCUUUUGUAAUAUCCAUUACUGAAAUUUACCGACCAGUAUAUUGUUAUGAUGAUCUAUGUUAGCAAAACGAAGUAAAAAAUUUAUUGCUACAUUUAUGUAUUUUUUUAUUUUUUUAUUUACAGUUUAUCACAGUUUCGUGUAACGUUGUUGUAAAUUUUGAAAGUGUAACUGUCUGACGUUGUCUGUGAGUGUUCCAUACGCAAGCUUAACUACAAAUAUUGCCCUGUAUAUAUCAGUGAAAGCAAACAAAUGUCGUAAUAUAAGAAACAUGCCAGUGACAGGUAUAUAUGAUUUUGCUCCGAGUAAGAUCUCUUGUAGAAAACCCUA